AUGGCAGAGUCCGGAAGCGGCAGUGUGGGUCACGACGGUGAUAGAGGUGGUGGUGACGAGGCUCGGUCAAGGGAUGAAGCCGAGAUCAUGGGGGCUCGAAUCAACGAUCCAUCAACUGCAGAGGCCUCGUCGGCCGUUGGUGCAGCGGUUACAGGCGAGACUGGUGGUGGCGAUGGCCAUGCAUUGGAGGUGGUUGGUGGCGACGGCGAGGGGCAUACGCCAGGAGGGAUACGGCGUACGCCAGGUUCUGUUGUUAUAGUGGGUCCACGGGUUCGUCGAUUGGAUCCAAGUAGUGGGGUAGAGGGCUUAGUGAUCACGGGUCUGGCCUCGGUUGGAACCGGCGGCAGUGGCAAUGGCAGUGGUGAUGAUGGUGGUCGACCGGAGACACCGGUGAGAGAUCCGGCGAGGGGCAAGGGUCCCGUGGUUGAGGAGGGUGUAUCCGGAGAGGUACCCAUGGAAGGGGUUGAGUUUCGGCCUGCAGUAGGGUCUUCGGUGCACGUACCCAUCACUCGGGGGGACUUCGCCGAGUCUGUGUCUGAGGAGGAACUCGGUCGUUUGCUCCGGGGAGAACUCGGGGGUUGUGGCUGCAGUGCUGGCAGCGCAAGAGGACAGGCUCCGGCAGGUGGAGAGGGCCCAGGAGGAGGAGCGUUUGAGAGAAGAGGCCGAGAGGGCCAGGGCCGAGGAGGAGACUGA